UGAGAUUGGACGGUCCUUUUAUGGUAAGAGUGGAAGAUUUUCUCGCACCCAAAUUCUAUCAUGCGUCAUCGUUUGCUGCAACAGACAAAACCCACAAUCCUGCAUAAAUUCUGAAAUCGAAAAUGGCUAUGGCUAUGGCUAUGACUUUGCUUCUGCGAUCGUUUCCUUUCCUUGCACUAUUCAUCGUCAACGAUACACGAGUAUCUAUCUAACUUGUAUUGUAUUUGUAUAUGCGGGGGGUGACGUGUUUUCGUCUUGUCAAACAACGAAUUUAUCAUCGCUUCCAGAUCCUUCUUUUAAUUCUCUGAAUUUUAGUUUUUGCUUAUCAAUUUCUCACCUGUCGACUGGAGGCAUGUUUUUGCUGUUCAUAAACCCCUCUCUCGCCUACUGCUAUUUCUGUUCUUUCAUCAUUCUUUUGGUAAGGCGAUGAUUUUUUAUUUUAUUUUUUCCCUUUCAUUUGUUUACCUGAUGAUGGGAUCCGUGGGGAUUUUAGAUUUGUUUAGGUUUCUGUGUUCGCCCUUUCGGUUUUUAAUUUUUUUAUUGGUGCCAUCGCAUAUCUGUCUGUAUUUUGGAAGGUUCCUGAAAGAAAAAAACCUUUUCGGUUUUUUCAUGGGUUUCGUUCAACCAAUUAUUGUCCUCGAUUGCUAGAGUAAUUGAAAAACCGAAAGUUUUGUUUGGGUUUUCAUUUCAGCAAAUUAAACGCCGGGUUGAGUUCAUUGUGGGAACUCUGAUGGCCUUGAUUCUUCAAUUUUAUGUUUUUGGCUUUUGUUUCAAAGUUGUAGUGGCUUGAUGUUUCAGGAAUCAAGGAAUCAAGCAUCGUGAUUUUUGGAGGACAAAUUUUUAAACAGAACAUUAUGGAGGAAGCAAUGGCAGCAAGGUAUUGGUGUCAUAUGUGCUCUCAAAUGGUCAAUCCCAUCAUGGAAGUGGAGAUCAAAUGCCCAUUUUGUCAACAUGGAUUUGUUGAAGAAAUGAGUAAUAACACCAGCAGCAGCGAAAUUCACAAUACUCCGGAAGCUGAUUUUGGAUCCGAGAGGGCUCUCUCCCUAUGGGCGCCCAUCUUGCUAGGCAUGAUGGGUAAUCCACGUCAUCGUCGAAGACUGAGACGAAUAGAGCUUGAUGAUGAUUAUGAAAAUGGUAAUCUUGACGAUGUUGAUGGUGUAGCACGCCAUGGUGGAGAAACCGAGUAUGAUCGAGAGCUUGAGUCUAUCCUUCAGAGGAGAAGGAGAAGCUCAGCUACCAUUCUACAAUUGCUCCAAGGCAUUAGAGCUGGACUGGCAUCUGAAUCAUAUGAGAAUACCGACAGUGAUGACCAUGACAGGGAAAGAGAAAGAGAGCGUGUAAUCUUGAUCAAUCCUUUUAAUCAGACUAUUAUUGUUCAAGGUUCUUAUGAUUCAAACCGGGAUCAAAGUGAUAAUCAUAGCCCCAUUGGGUCUAUGGGUGACUAUUUCAUAGGGCCUGGUUUGGAUUUAUUGUUGCAACAUUUGGCUGAUCCCAAUAGGUAUGGAACUCCACCAGCACAGAAGGAGGCCAUUGAAGCACUGCCUACUGUGACUAUCAAUGAGAAUUUGCAGUGUUCUGUGUGUCUGGAUGAUUUUGGAGUUGGUUCUGAAGCUAAAGAGAUGCCUUGUAAACAUAGGUUUCAUAGUGGGUGUAUCCUGCCCUGGCUGGAGCUUCAUAGUUCUUGUCCGGUUUGCAGGUGUCAAUUGCCGGUGGAUGAAUCUAAGCAAGACUCUGAUGCGUCAAGGAACAGCAGUAAUCAAAGGGAGAGUGAAAAUAUUGGACAUGAAGAUGCUGAAGAAGGAGAUAGUGAAGGGAGAAAUGCAAGUGGGUUUGGAAGAUUCUCAUUUCUAUGGCCUUUCAAUGGAUUAUUUUCUUCAUCAAACUCUUCGUCAUCUUCUAAUCCCAAUACCAACGGAAAUGGUACUCAAUUAGAAGACAACUGAGUAUUAGUGCAUCUCUGUUGUGUUAUUCACAUGCUGCCUUGCUUAUGUACAUAGUGCGCUGCCAAUUAAAGGAUCCAAUGUGGAGAGAACAAGUCAUGAUUGUUAACGUGGCUUUGUUUUUGCUAAAUUUUUAUGCUUCCUAGAAUUUCAGGUGUUGCUACAUUUCCUUCAAAAUUUACCACCGAACUUGGUAGGCGUAAUAUUCAUUGGUGGUUUUAUACUUUUAUUUUUCCGUCUUUCUAAUUUGUACAACAUUGAUAUAUACUUAUAUGUUAAGCAUGGCUUUGAAAUA